GGCGAUGCCGAUCCCGCCCCGCCCCGCGGAGGAGCCGGCGCCGGGCCAUGGCGGAGGUGCUAGACUUCCGGGUUCCUGCUGAGAGCAGCAAGACGCUGCUGCUGUGCGGGCCGGAGCCGGCCGUGGCCGAGCAUUCUUUGUAUGCAGCGUUUUCUGAAUUUGGGCUGCUCUACUCUGUUCGGGUCCACAAAAACGCUGCUAUAGCACAGCCUGGGUGUUAUGCCAUUGUCAAGUUCUAUUCAGCCAGAGAUGCCAGCAGAGCCCAACAGGCAUGCAACAAGCAAAGAUUAUUUCAGAAAUCUCCCUUAAAGGUUUGCAUUUGCACCAAACAGAGAGUAUUUCAGCAACAAGUUUUUGCUCUGAGUAGCCACAAGUGCCAGGAAUUGGCCAAUUACUACCUUGGCUUUAAUGGCUGGUCCAGUAGGAUUAUUACGCUGCAAAAUAUUUCUGGCUUUGAUGAAGAGUAUGAGGAGCUGGGAGGGUUGUCUCAAAGGCAAUGCCUGAAAUACUUGUGUGCUUUAGAAGUAACGCUGCCCAACCAUGGGAUUUGUACCAGAGGAAUUGGUCUGGCUGAAGCUCAGUUAGAAAACAGCCAAGAUUCUCUCGAGUUUGUCACGAAAACAGGAAGAGUUCAGAAACUUGCAGUUGGGAAAGCUUUGUCUAGUGCAUUUCAGAAGUUACUUCUCAUUGUUUUAGAGAAUGGCAAGGUGGCUGUGGAGUAUACUUCUGGCCAAGAGGAAUCCAUUGACUCUUUAACAGAAGAAGAGCUGAAGGGACUUAUUCAGGUCAAUGACUUGUCCUUGGAACAUUUUAACCAUGAAGAGGAUGAAGAAUUUGCGUGUGAUCUCAGUUUAGAUGAAGCACACAUACUCUAAGGGAGAUGCCAAUUAAUCAAUGCAGCUCCAUCUUUAUGAAUAUUCUGGAAAGUUUAGAGCAGGUGUUGGCAACUUUUUAAAGUGGCAGACUAGCUACUUAAAACCCAACCUUCAUCAUGGGCUGCUACUCCCUACAACCACCACAGACCACCACUCCCCUCAACUAUGUCCCACCCGCCUGUUGCUAUCUUUGCCAUGAACCACUGUUUCCUGUCCCCAGCAGCAGUGGGAAGGGCUUAAUUCAGUGGUGACUGUAAACAGUGCCUUACAGCAGUGCCUAUAGGCAGAGGGUUGCACUGUGGAGAGGAUCAGCAGCAUGGUGCAAGGCCAAGAAAUAGUAUGCCCUGGACCAAGCUGUGUGCCACUGAUCUCCCAUGCUGCCACAAGUUGGAUCCAAUCACUUUGUAGGCUGGAUCCAGCCCACAAGUUGCCAACCUCUGUUGUACUAUUCCAGAUUUCUGCUCAGGAAUGUAAGUAUAAAGCUCUGGAAGAGCACAUACCACAUGUAUGCAAUGCUUUAUUUUUUUUAUCUGAAUUUCCACUGGUGGUAAUGGGCAAUAAAUAUAUUGUUGAAAUAAUGGCAGACAAAUGUAUGUUGCUCUUGGGGAAGACAAACAUCUCGCUGCCAACUUCCAGGGUCAACUCUAUGUCCAACUCAGCCAAGAUGCAACAUUAUUAUUUAGACAACAUUACAGAUUUUCAUAGCACUUACUGAAAAAUAAAAGACGUGAUCCUUCUCAGAUUUAUUGACUGCAUGGCUUAGCUACAAUUUUCAGCAAAUACUGGAUGCCCUGCUAAACGAAAUAGUUGCAGAAUUUACUUACCCAAAAAGAAAAAUCCCAUUAAAACAAACAUGGCGUAACAAAAUACUCCCAACCCUAAACCAAUCUCUCAAACCAGGCAGUUGCAAUGUAAAAACUAUUUCUUUGUGGUCGUUCCCUCUUCUAAUAAACCUAACAUUCUAAUAAUGUACAACAAA